GGGAAAAGCCCUGCUGGCAGCCUAGCCAACAAUCGAGCCACAGAUAUCAAGCCUGCACAUGUGCAAGGAGAACUGAGAGGCUGGUCACGACACGUCCGAAACAUUCACCAGGUUUGACCACUGCGGAUUGAGCCUAGUUACUUCAGACUAGACGCCCGUGGCAUUUUAAAAUUAAAGUUUGCCUUGUCUUCUAGUUCUUUGCCUCGGUAGAUCAAUACUAGUAUAGAUGUGCUGGCUGUCGUAACAGCGCAACAAACAUGUGCAAGUACGUAGAGAUCGUGGCAGUGCUCCUCUGCACUGCUGUGGGUGCCAGUCUGGGUACUGAAUAUCCAGUACCCACCUUCACAAUUGAUUUGGACGCUGCGCCCGAAGUGCGCUUCCACAAAGUCAACGAGUAUUACAAGCACAUGGCUCCGGCAUUCGUCGAGCAAAUCAGUACUGUUGUGCCAAAGGAAUUCCAGGGCAUCCUGGAGGCUGUGGCUGUGGACUACAUGCAUGCACGCGUGAAGCCGGUCUACGUCGCCGAAAUGACAGCGCUGGCCAAGACGUGGAAUAUCUCUGUUGGCUAUGUCGUUGCUGCCAAUCUCAUCUAUGACUUCACGGCGGCGUGCACAAGCAUUGUGAUGCAAGCCGAGAACGGAACCAUCCUGCACGGUCGCAAUCUGGACUACAGUUUCGGCGGCGUGUUGCGCAACGUCACCUACAUCGGUGACUUCCAGCGAGGAGGAAAGACUGCGUACAAGCUAACUACGUAUGGCGGCUACUUUGGUGCACUCAGUGGCAUGCGUCCCGGUGGUUUUACCGUCACUGUUGAUGAGAGAGACCAAGGCGCAGUAUGGGAGAACAUUGCAAUGGCGUUGUUUGAUCGAAAGUCUGAUCCACUCGGCUUCUUUGUGCGUGAGACCCUGGACACGGACGGCAUUGAUUUCGUCCAAGCUGUGGAGACGCUGUCCACCACACCGCUCAUUGCACCAGUCUAUCUGAUUGUCGGAGGAGUCACACCAGGCCAGGGUGCUGUAAUAACACGUGAUCAGCUGGGUGCCAUCGAUACCUAUUACUUGGACGCCGACAAGGGACGGUGGUAUGUUCUGGAAACUAACUACGACCAUUGGAAGCCUCCACCGAAGACAGACGACAGACGUGACCCGGCAGAGAAGAUUCUGAACGCUGCUGGACGGAGCCAGGUCGGUUAUGCCUUGCUGCAGAAAGUCCUCAACACUCCGCCGAUUCUUAACAGUCACACAACGUACACCGUGCUGAUGUCGGCCGCACACCCCGACGAUUACAAAUCAUGGGUGCAGCGCAUCUAGGCGCCCACUGCUCAGCUUUUUUUUUCUCUGGUCACGCUAUCCUUUUUUUCUUUCAUUGAAAGUCGAGUCAACCCAUUCUCCAAUUGUGGUUGUCCUGUGCCGACUCUGAGCACCCCAGAGGGUGUGAAGACGCUUGUUUGAGCAGCUUCCACGUAUAUAUUUUAUAUCUUUAGCUCGGUGAUCUGUGAAGUGGUUUUUGACUUCCUGACCGUUCCGUGUCUUUACAGCACAUGUAUUAGCUUUUUAAACAAAUCUUUCCUUGGCCGAUGCAUGGGACAUGAUUAUAAAAAAAUUAACAGCCUGAGUUUGACAAAAUGCUGAUCAACUGAACACCAAUUCCUGCUUCAUUCUAUCUGAGAUUUCUUGCCCAAUUUCUACUCCUUGGAUCAUCAUGGAAGGAGACAUGACUUAUUAAUUUUUUUCUAUUUGUGAUGACUACUUCAGAAUGGUGUGUGCAUUCACCGCAAGAAGGAGUUACUCUAUCCUAUCAAAUAUGUUUCAUAAACCAUGGAUGUCCUGACUUGUCUUUUCGCCACUUCA